UCUGCAUUGAAGCAGUCCUGGGGCAAAAAUCAUGUCCUAAGGCGAUGGAAAACUAUGUGGCGUCGAUGGUGCUGAGCGCAGUUGGUGACACGCUGGGCUAUUAUAAUGGGCGAUGGGAGUUCAUGCAGAGUGGCCCAGCCAUCCACAAAGAGCUGGCGGAGAUGGGGGGACUCGGCAACUUCAGCCUCCAGGGUUGGAAAGUCAGCGAUGAUACAGUGAUGCACUUGGCCACGGCUGAAGCCCUGGUAGCUGCUGGGAAAAACCCAAGUUUAGCACAUCUCUAUUCUCUGAUUGCAAAGAACUACAAGGAGUGCAUGAACGACAUGAAUGGCAGAGCUCCAGGUGCCACGUGUGAGGCGAACGCACUGAAGCUGGAUCCGGGGCGGCCGGACGGCUGGAGGAUCCCGUUCAGCCCCCGGGCAGGAGGCUGCGGGGCUGCCAUGCGCUCCAUGUGCAUUGGGCUGCGUUUCUGCCACCCCGCUGAGCUGGACACCCUGGUGCAAGUCAGCAUCGAGAGCGGCCGAAUGACCCACCACCACCCCACCGGCUACCUGGGGUCCUUGGCUUCGUCCCUCUUCACAGCUUUUGCCGUGAACCGCGGCGUCCCCCACCCCGGGGGAGGGGCGGCGGCCUGGGGGAAGGGGCUGCUGGAGGUGCUGCCACGGGCAAAAGCCUACGUGCGGGACACCGGCUUCUUUGUGGAGGAGAACAUGGGGCAAUGGCAUUACUUUGAAGAACAAUGGAAAAAAUACCUGGCAGAGAGAGGCAUAUCGGAUGGGGUCUCACUGCCUACCUUCCCCUCCAAGUAUGGCGUGGAAGAGAGAGACUCCUUCUACACCUCCCUCAGCUACGACGGCUGGGGGGGCAGCAGCGGGCACGAUGCCCCCAUGAUCGCUUACGACGCGCUGCUGGGUGCAGGGGACUCCUGGGCAGAGCUGGCUCACCGGGCUUUCUUCCAUGGGGGUGACAGCGACUCCACCGCUGCCAUCGCAGCCUGCUGGUGGGGGGCCAUGCAUGGCUUCCAGGGGGUCCACACCUCCCUCUAUGCCCACUUGGAGUACAGGGACCGCCUGGAACAGGUGGCCAAGGACUUGUACCACAUCACCUAG